UGAGGCCUUCUGAAGGAGCUGAACCUCGAGUCCUGCUCUGCUGCUCUAUGCUCACUUGGGAAAGGCCCAGAAGGACAUCUCGGACUGUUGGUGCUGCUUCAUGCAGUUCAAUGUUCUGAGGUCAUGAAACUUAAUCCACAGCAAGCUCCAUUAUAUGGCGACUCUGUUAUUACAGUGCAGCUGACGGAGGAAGAUAAGGUUGAAGAUGAUGUAGUUUUCUACUUGAUCUUCACUGGGUCAACUGUCCAGCACUGCACAAGCACUAGGAAGAUUAAUCCUGGGAGCCUGGAGACAAUUUCUCCUGGCCAUGACUGCUGUGAGACGGUGAAGGUGGCACUUUGUGCCUCUAAGGAAGGUCGCCCUGUUCUGGUGGUGGCAGAAGAGAGCUUCAAGUUCAUCCAGGAUGAAGCCUACGAUGCAGCCCAGUUUCUGGCUACCUACGCAGGGAACCAGCAGGCACUAAACUUCACCCGUUUCUUGGACCAGUCGAGACCACCUGCUGCAGAUGUGGACAUUUUGGAUGAGAAAGUGGCUUUGGCAUUUCGACACCUGAAACUGCCUGCAGAAUGGAACGUGCUGGGAACAGAUCAGUCCCUCAACGAGAACAUCCCUCGGGAGACACUGAUGCACUUUGCAGUGAGGCAGGGCCUGCUGAGGCUGACGUGGUUUCUGCUCCAGCAGCCAGGAGGAAGAGGAGCUCUCAGCAUCCACAACCGCGACGGCGCGACGCCCGUGAGCUUGGCCUUGGAGAGGGGCUACCAGAAGUUGCAUCAGCUUCUGACCGAAGAGGAAGCCACGGAGCCCGACUCGUGGAGCACCCUGUCUCACACUGUGCACACUGGGGACUACUGCGUCAAGCACCACCAGCAGCUCGAUGUUUACACACUAACAGCUGAAACCAAGGAAGGGACAAAGGCCAGCCUGGAGAGUGACAUACGGCAGCUUCAGAUGCACAUGCAAAGCCACCAGCACACGAGUUCAAGGAAGUGGACACAGACUGUACUGGGAUCCUCUGGAAAUAGCUGUGGCAAUGGAGCUGAGCCAGUUGAUCACUCAACUGCUUCAUCUCAAAGCCUAGGAGAAAUGCCAGAAGGAAGGAAGGAAAGUCCAUCUGAUGUCUUUCACCUCGACAGUGGGCAGCUCUCAGACCAACCCCACCAGGAGGACGAGUGCCCCAGCAGGUCACUGAUAACUCGUGUUAUCGAUGCGCCAAACAGCUCGCUGGGUCUGGGGGCGGUGGAGAGCCGAGUGUGCUCCUGUGAAAGCAAAAAUACGGUGACGUUGUGUAAAAAGGAAGAGGAGGGGCCAGCCUCUGCUCAGUGCUCUGGGAUUGUAUCUGAUGAGAACGGCUGCACAGUCAGCCCAUGUGCAGGCGUCAACGGUGCUGUACAUCUCCCAUCCUGUGGAAAUACAAAUGAGGAAGCUGGAAUGACAUCUGCUGGAGUUGUUUUGGAUCAAGCCAGCUUGUGCAGUAAAGAUAGCACGCAUCAGGAAGUGGGAGCUGCUGAGGAGUGUGCAGCUGAAAGUACUGUUGCUGUGGUUGAAACUGCCGGUGAAGCCCCAGCUUCCCGAGAGGGCGUGGAUGUGGCCAUGGGCCAGACCGAGUGCAGGAACUGUGCUGGGGCAGCUGACAGGGCGCCGAGCCAGCAGCAGGUAAAGGAUGGGAUGGCUGAGACCCCUGCAAUGAGGACUGCAGAUCCAGAAGAGCCAUUGCCAGCUGAGGAAGAACCCAGAAGUGCUGCUCAACCCUUGCUUGAUGGCUUUAAUGGCACUGAGUGUGCAGGUGGGGAGGAUGCAAAUGUGGGAGUGGUACCGGAGUGUGACAGUACAAAUGCAAAUGUUGACGCCGAUGUCUCUGUUGGUCUUUGCAAGAGUGGUAAUAACGAUGAGACUGGAGUCUCAGGCACUGAUCUGGUAAACAAUGGAGCUUUGGAAAGCCAAGGUGGUGCCUGUGUCAAGGAAAGGCAGAGGGUCACUACGAGCACCAGAGCACCAUUGCCAGCAGUGAAUGGAGUGAAGGUACCUGUGUGUGUGCCAGUAUUUCCUGAUGUGGAAAGCCAAGACAGCAGAGAGAGUGGGGAACCAGAAGGGCAAGUGAAAGUGGGUAGCACAAAUGGCAAAUUCAGCUCACCCUCCCUGGAAAACAGCGUGGAAACUGAUGGCCCUGAUGCUAGAGCUGAAAAUGGAAAUAUUGGUGAAACUAAAGAAAGCAUUGAAAAACCCACACAUUGCCAGGGGAGCAGUGACAUUGCUGAGUGUAUAGGUGAAGCAAUGGAGGACAGCGGAGCCCACAACAAGGAGCCAGUGGGAACUGAUACCAGCAGCAGCAGAGAGGGAGGAAGCAUAGAUUGUGCAGACAGAGCUCAGGAAGUUGCUAGCUUCUGCCCUCCUGUUGAUCAAACUGCUGUUAAUGUUGAAACAGGGGACAAGUUAAAGCUGGAUGGCAUUCAAGGGAGUAUGCAGGAGCCCAGAUUGCUCCCUCUGGAGGAUGCGAGCACGUUCUCAGCAGGAAAGGAGCCUCCGAAAGCUGAAGAGAGAGCAGAAACUGCUCCAGGGGAAGGGAUGCCCCAUCCUGAUGCGGGGGACCUGGCUUCAGGUUGGACAAGAGAUGCUGCAGUGGCACCUCCUGGACAGGAGGCACCAGGAGGCAGUAAUGACCCCGUUUUACCUCUAUGUUCCAAGGGCGCAGACUGUACAGAGGAUAAUUUUGUAGGCACACCCUUUGUAAUUCGUAAUGAAGAAUCUAAACAAAAGCAGGAAGUGGCAGCAGCAGGCUCGGCUGAGCUGGCCCCACCGCACGGCCAGGAGCGUGGCGGGGUGGCCAGCGUGCUGGAGGACUAUGCGGGGGCCCCAGGCCCUCCAAAGCAAAGCCUACAGUCUCAUGCUGAAGGAAAAGACACAGCCAAGCCUGAGCGGGAGGCCUCAGACAGCAGCCAGGAGCAGGUUUUGUCAGAGAAUCUGUUUGCCGCGGUUGUGAAAUCCUCUGUCGGCAGUGCAGAGAGAUCCGCAGCCAGCAGUGAUGCGGGUGCUGGGCUGAAGGAGCUGGGCCCCAAGCAGGCUGGGACAGCAGGAGCAGGAGAUAGCAUCAUGCAAGGAAUUGGGCCAGCAGCAGGGAGUAAACCUUGUCUGGAUGCAGGGCUGCCCCAGGAGCGCGGUCCAAGCCUGCAACAUGUCUCCCCGCGCAGCAGCACCCCCGAAUUGAAGGAUGCUUCAGAAGUGGAAGCCCCGAGCCUUGCUUUUGAGGCUGAGGAAGCGUUGCAGAUAGCAGCGGUAACCUCCAUCACAGGUUAUGAGGAAGAGCAGGGGGAGAUGGAAAGUGUCCUUCCCAGAGCCACGCUGCAGCCCAUUGCAGAGGAGCCCACGUGUGACAGUGACUCCAGCAGUGACACCAUGGGUCCGGGCGGUGAUGGCGAUUCUGCUCCCACUUCAACAGCAGCACAAGGGUUGGUCACAGCACAGCCUGAGGGUAAGCAAAGCCAAGGCAUACCGGAGCCAACUCCUUCACCCUGCUCCUCUGGCUUCAAUGCUGUUGAUUCACCCGAGCACGUGGGAGUAAAGAGUUCAGUUUCGGCAGAUGAUGGCUCUUCUCUGGAUAAAGUUCCUAAAAUGGUAAAAAGUUUUGAUGCCGUAGUUUUUGCAGCUGAGAACCCUUCAUCUCCUGGCUUACCAGCUGAAGGAAAAGUGGGGCCUGAGCCCCAGCCUGCAGUGGAUGUGGCAGCCGGCCUUAAUGGAGAGGCGGAUUUAAGAUCCUCUGCCAGAAAGGACGUCAGCCAGGACAUUCGUGGAACCAAGCCUGCCACAGGGAAGUUGAAAAUGAAAACUGAAGAUGAGGUGGAUUUUAUGAAGGACCCCAGAGAGAGCGCAGCGCGCGAGGAAGCGAUAAAUCGUGAAAGCUGGUGCUCACUGGAGCCAUGUCCUGACUCUUCGCUGCUGGAGCGCAAGCGGACAGGAGAGUCUCCAGAGUGUGAGAACUUCUUGGAGGAUGGGCUGAGCAGCGUCUGUGCCUCAUCACAGGGUGUCCUUAAAAGAGAGUCUGGCAGCGAGUCUGACUUCUUCUCCUUGCCUGGUGAUGGGAUGGAAGAUCUUGUCUUUGGAAAGCAGCCUGAAGAGGAACAGUCUGCAGGAGAUAUCACCAGCUCCAGCUCCUCUGCCGAUGACACCGUGUCCUUGGAGAGGAACUCAUCCCUGGGUAGCGACACGUCCCUGCCCUUCCCACCUGCGGUGAGCUUUGCACAGCCCAAGGACAGGCGCAGCCUGGAUGGGAGCUGCACGAGCAUGGUGGCUGUGGAGGGAGGAGAGGGUGAACUCGCUGGCUUGGGAGAGAAGGAAGAGGAGUUGGACAGUAUCACAGAUGUGCCUGCUCCUUCCUCCGUCUCAAGAAACUCCAUGCGGCCGCUGUCACCUUUCCGACGCCACAGCUGGGGGCCGGGAAAGAAUGCCACCAAUGAAACAGAAAUCAAUCAGAGGAGUUCAAUGCGAAUUCUGGGGGAUGGUAUAAAGAAGCCUCCCAUUCAUAGGAGAAGUUUGAGCUGGUGUCCCUCUGGUGUGCAGUUCGCUGCCAUGGGUCCUGACUUUAAUUGUAGAAGUUACAGCCUAGAAGGCCUUGCUGGAGACUCUGGGGAGAACAAGAAGCCCUCUGCAAACAUGGAGGCUGCUUCUCUGAGCUCCAAGGACCUCCCACGGAGCGCACUCACCAGCAACCAGUGCGGCUCCCUGGUCUUGCUCACUGAAGAACUUGAGCAAGGGGAAAUCAGAGACUAUGACCAUCAGAUCCAUCAGGCACCACACCCACAAGGAUUUAAUUUCUGCACUUCCUCCGUUUCAUCUUCACUGACCAAAUCUGUGUCUUUAAUGUCAAUUAGUAAACCAUCGCUGGACAGUACUCAGGCAUUUGGUGGCCCCGCGGGUUCCUUGGUUCAGAGCAUAUCUGAAGAGAGCAGCAGUGUCCCCUCUAUUAAAAGUGGAACAAAAGUCAGUCGUACCUUCAGCUACCUCAAGAAUAAAAUGUCCAGCAGCAAGAAGAGCAAAGAAAAAGAGAAAGAUAAAGAGAAGACUAAAGAGAAGGACAAAGAUUCCAAGGAAAAGGAAAAAGAUAAGAAGAUGUUAAAUGGACAUCUCUUCACUGCAACCUCUGUUGUAACCCAAGCAAUCUGUUACCACUGUAUGAAGCCUUUCAAUAAGGAUUCGUACUACUGUGCAAACUGCAAUGCAAUUGUUCACAAAGGCUGUAAGGAGAGCUUUGCUUCCUGUGCAAAGGUGAAAAUGAAGCCACAGAGAGGAAUGCUGCAGGCACAUGAUACCUCUUCAUUACCCACAGUGACCAUGAGAAACAAAGGCUCACAACCCAAGGAGCGCCCUCGCUCCGCAAUACUCGCUCCCGAUGAAAACACCGUCACCUCAAUAUUCAAUAACAGGAGAUCACAGCAGCCUACGGCGCUCUCAAAGAGUGUCUCAAUACAGAACAUUGCAGGGGUUGGGAAUGAUGACAGCUUAAUACACACUUGGAAAUUUCUGUCACAGUCCACAGACUCUUUACAUAAAAUUAGCCGGGUGAAUGAAUCCACUGAAUCAUUAGUUGAUGAAGGUGCAGACAUGAAUGAAGGGCAGCUAAUGGGAGACCUGGAACUAGAUUCCAAGCAGCUGGAGGCCGAGUCCUGGAGCCAAGCAGUGGACAGCCUGUUCCUACAGCAGCAAAACAAGGAUGUUGUCAAACGGCAAGAUGUAAUUUAUGAGCUCAUGCAGACAGAAAUGCAUCAUGUCCGCACCCUGAAGAUAAUGAACGACGUAUACAGUGCAGGGAUGUUACAGGAGCUGCAGUACGAUCAGCAAGUUGUGGACAAGAUCUUUCCCUGCCUGGAGAACUUGCUGCACAUACACAGUCAGUUCUUCCAGCGGAUUCUGGAGAGGAAGAAGGAGUCAUUGGCAGACAAAAGUGAAAAGAACUUUGUUAUCAAGAGGAUAGGUGACAUCCUGGUGAAUCAGUUCUCCGGAGAGAACGCUGAGAGAAUGAAGAAGACAUAUGGCAAAUUCUGCGGGCACCACAAUGAGGCAGUAAAUUACUUUAAAGAUCUGUCCUCAAAGGACAAACGUUUCCAGGCUUUUGUCAAGAAAAAAAUGAGUUCCUCCUUGGUGAGACGUCUUGGGAUUUCUGAAUGUAUCUUGUUGGUAACACAGAGAAUCACAAAGUACCCAGUCCUUUUACAGAGGAUACUGCAGUACACGGCAGAAAAUGAAGUGGAACAUGAAGACUUGACUCAGUCAUUAAACCUUGUUAAAGAUGUGAUUGCUGCAGUCAAUAGCAAAGUCAGUAACUAUGAAAAGAAAAUGCGCCUGGAUGAGAUUUACAACCGGACAGACAGCAAGUCCAUCAUGAGGAUGAAAAGCGGUCAGAUGUUUGCAAGAGAGGAUUUGCGACAUCGGAAGCUCAUCCGAGACGGGCCUGUGUCACUGAAAAAUGCAGCUGGACGGUUAAAAGAAGUCCAGGCUGUUCUCCUCUCUGACAUGCUCAUAUUCCUUCAGGAGAAGGACCAGAAAUAUGUCUUUGCCUCACUGGACCAGAAAUCCACUGUGAUCUCUCUGAAGAAGCUAAUCGUACGGGAAGUGGCUCAUGAAGAGAAGGGUUUGUUCCUGAUCAGCAUGGGUGUGAAAGAUCCCGAAAUGGUGGAAGUGCAUGCCAGCUCCAAAGAAGAGCGGAACGGCUGGAUACAGAUCAUUCAAGACACAAUAAGUACCAUGGAUAAGGAUGAGGAUGAAGGAGUCCCUUGUGAGUCUGAAUUUGAAAAGAAAUUGUCAGACACAAGAAUCAGAGCGCUGAAAGAACAACUUCAGCAGAAGGAUAGACAGAUCCUCCUCUUGCUGGAGGAAAAGGCCAAAAUCUUCAGUGACAUGGCAGACUCCUCUAUGCAAGAGGACAUGCCGGGUUCCAGGCUGCUCUUCAGAGCCAACACUGAAGAAGCACCAAAAGGAGAAGCCAUUAUGAAAACUGCAAUAAAUGAAGUGGAACUGUUGCAAGACCUGGUGAACAGGAACCUGGGCAGCACCCUUGUGCAGCAACUCAGCAGUGCUGCCAUUGACGAAGAAGGAGGAGUUGGCCCCGUCUCUCUUCCUAAAAGGGCAGAAACUUUUGGAGGAUUUGACAGUCACCAGAUGAAUGCCUCCAAGGGUGGAACGAAGGAUGAAGGCGACGAUGCUCAGGAUCUACGGAGAACAGAGUCAGAUGGUGUUUUAAAGAAGGCUGGAAAUGCUAACCUGAUGUUCAUAUUGAAAAGGAACAGCGAGCAGGUCCUUCAAAGUGUUACCAGCCUCCGUAAGCUGCUCAGUGCUCUGCAGGGCGUUGUCCUACAGCAGGACACCUACAUCGAGGGCCAGAAGCUGGCCUUGAGUGAGAGGGCCCUGUCCCGAGGCUUCUUCCGCCCAGCCUCACUGCUGGAGCAGGAGAAGCAGCGCAACCUGGAGAAGCAGCGCCAAGAACUCGCCAACCUGAAGAAGCAACAGGCUCAGCACCAGGAGGAGAAGAGGAGGGCAGAGAAGGAGUGCGAAGCACGGGAGAAGAAGCUGGCGGAGCUGGAAAUCCAACUGGCCAAGAGGGAGGAGGAGAUCCAGAAAGGGUGGCAGGAGCUGGAGUGCAGGCGGGAUGAGCUGCGGCAGUUGAAAGCCUCCUACCAGCUUGAAAUGGAGAAACUUCACAGUAAGCAGAAGCAGCUGGAUAAGGAGUGGGAGCAACUCAGGAAGGACAUAGAGCGACAACCUCAAAUGUGGUUGGAGCAUGAUGACAACCAGGUGUCAAAUCGACAUGAGAAACUUGCAAGGGUUUGCUCCCAAUCCAGCCUCGAAGGCACCUCCAAGCAGAAGAGCCCCUCGUUUCCUAAGCAAGGGCACUCUGAUGCAGAACUGUCUGUCUCCCCCAAAAGGAACAAUCUUUCAAGGACGCACAAAGAGAAAAGCACUUCCCAUUUGCUUAGCACAACAAACCAGACUAACAAAGCAGCUGAGGAACAGCCCCAGAUGCCUACUCGCCUCUUCAGUUUAUCCAAACCAAAGGAAAAGAAGGAAAAGAAGAAAAAGGGCAGGGGACAUCGCUCCCAGGAAUCUGCUUGCUCUGCCUCAGAAGGGAUCACGCUUUCAUGCUUUCCGAACCUGCGUGGAAUCUUCCGGUCUGCCUCGAGAUCCUCUGGCAGCACUGCUGACAUUUAUAGUUCUGUUCUAGUUUAUUCUCAUUCAUCAGAAGCACCUCCAGAGGGUGAGGAGAUCUUCUGCUGAGUGGGGACGGCUCCAUCGGUCACUCUCAGCUUUCAUACAGUGGACAUCUCCCUGCCCGACCCACAGCACAGUGCUGGUGCCUGCACCUGACAAGCAUCUGGAGGUUUUCAUUAAAACGUUCUGAAAGUUUAUAAAGUGGUGGGAAAGGGCCUCUUUCCUUGGGUUUGCGUGAGUUGUCACCGCAGAGGCUUCCCGCACAGCAAGUGGUACCAUCUCCCUGUGCAAACCUGGAUUCAGGUCGGUUGGGACGGAUGUUUGCAGUCUGUUCGUACUGCUAAGGGAUGAGAGAAAAUAGCCUUAAGGGGUCUGUGCCUUCAUAUUCCCCUUUUCUGGGGAAGGUAACCAAAACCAAGCAUUCAGAAAAAGAUUAGGACUGUACAAAUGGUGCGUACACACUGGCAUAUAUAGAUAUACUGUACAUACCCAUCUCUGUAUCUAUGUAUCCACUGGGAUAUGCUUAGGUCUGUACAGCCAAGCUUAGCUCGGCCCGUGGGGAUAGGUGAUGCCUUUCAGGGAGCGUUUGGAUAUCAAAUAUUUUGUCCUACUGCCCCAGCUAUAAUGCCACUGACCCGCACGCCCCUUGGUGCUCAUGGCGAGGGUGCUGGGUUUCAGCAAGGCACUGCACACCGGGGAAGAGUAGCAGUGUUCAAAAGAAAAAAUCAGGAAACAAAUAAAAUUGAAGAUCUCCAAAGAGAUUUAUGUGGGGCGGGAGGAGUUACGUGUCAAACUGUUUCCAGAAUCAAGCAGAACUUGGAGUAUAUUUAAAGUGAUGCAGAAAAGAGAAACUGGGGAGGCUUGGAAGGCAACCCUAGGAAGCCAGGACAGAAGGUCAUCAAGUAGGAAGAACGCUAAGCAGCUUUUUUUUUAAGCACUCUCUUGGAGCUACAGCUCAUUCCUUCUCAUGUCUUACAUAAAGAUUUGUAUUGCCAGGAUCUAUUUCUCCAGUUGUUCGACAUCCCUUCCUGCAAGCCUGAUGGCUUAUGGGAAAGGUGGCUGGAAAUCUGCUUUGAGGGACCUUGGUUCUGUUAUUUGUGCUUUCUUUCCUCCACUCUUUGCAUUACCGCUAGGCUUCUCUUCCUCUGGAUUUUGUCAGCUUCUCCAGCUUGUUUCUAAGGCAGAGCACUGGCAAUUUCAGAGCACGUCGGUGAGAUAGGUCAGAGCAGAGUGAACUCUGAGGAGACAGCUCUUCGGUCCCAUGCCUGUGCAGCAUUGUGCACUUGUUUCUGGGCAGAAAAAUAUAUUCACAUGGACAAAACCACUGUGCAGCAGAUCCAAAGGUUGGCAUGCCAGGUGCAUGUCCUUUGCUUUGUGAGCACAUUUGUGUCACCCUCAGCAGAAGGGGAAGGUUUGAGGACAGCCCUCGAUGCAGAAUCAUAGAGUCAUUUCAGUUGGAAAAGACCUCUAGCAUCGUCAAGCUCAGUUGUUCACGUAGCACUGCCAAGUCUGCCUCUAUAGAAGCAUGUGCAGACAGUGGGGUGUUCAUACAGCUGUGGAGUACAGCACAGAAGAGGAAUGCAGCAAGUCACUUCUGUUCCUUGCAUGAUUAUUCCAAACUCUCUGAGGUCAGUUGGCCGAGUGGAUCUGUGAAUGGUGAUAGGACCUUAUCAGCUCCAAAAUAACUCAAAGGUUUGCUCCAACUUGGAAGUUGCUGAGUGCAUUUCCUUUCCUACCAGUUUUGCUUUAAUGAAAAAAAAAGAAAAACCACACAACACAACAGUUCUUUAGUUGCACUGUCAUUUGAUUUAGCUUCUCCCAAGCUAGGAACACACAGCAGUUUUCAGAGUUGAGUGCUGAUGCAGAUCGGCAGCGCUGCAGGUGAGGGGGAUGCUCUGAUGGUCUGUGCAGGAGCCCUAAGAGCCACCUGCUUGCUACUGAAGCUCUCUGAACUACUAAGAUAAAAU